UGAAAAGUUCUCCAGCAGAUAUUGUCAAGUGUAAGAAGCAAGGACACCAAGCUCUCUUCUGUGGACUUCGAGGCAAAUGCCACGCAGUUCUGGAGCCGGAUACGGCUGCCUCCCCAGGGACCCCAGCAUGCCGGACAGCAGAGAGGCCCCACAGAACAGUCAGCAAGACACGAUCAUGGGGACCACCCACGAAAACAUGGGAAGGAGCUCCCUGACUGACGGGCAGACGCUCUCCAAAGAGUCCCUAAGCCAUGCCCUCGAGCUCUUGGCCCCAGAGAAGUCAAAGGAUGCCCAGGUGGAGGUGGAUUCUCCAGAGAAGGCGCUGUGGACUACUCAGGCUGAUGGACGGGUCCGUCUGCGCAUAGACCCCAGCUGCCCACAGCUUCCCUGCACUGUACAUCGGAUGUUCUCCAAGGCUCUGGACAAGUAUGGGGACCUCAGCGCCCUGGGCUUCAAGCGCCAGGACAAGUGGGAGCACAUCUCCUACUUCCAGUACUACCUGCUUGCCCGCAAAGCUGCCAAGGGCUUCCUGAAGCUCGGCCUGGAGCGGGCCCACAGUGUGGCCAUCCUUGGCUUCAACUCCCCGGAGUGGUUCUUCUCAGCAGUGGGCACAGUAUUUGCAGGUGGCAUCGUCACUGGCAUCUACACAACCAGCUCCCCUGAGGCUUGCCAGUACAUCGCCCAUGACUGCCGUGCCAACGUCAUCGUGGUAGACACGCAGAAGCAGCUGGAAAAGAUCCUGAAGAUUUGGAAAAAUUUGCCACAUCUGAAGGCAGUAGUGAUAUAUCAAGAACCUCCUCCACAGAAGAUGGCCAAUGUGUACACGAUGGAGGAAUUCAUGGAGCUGGGGAACGAGGUGCCUGAGGAGGCCCUGGACACCAUCAUCGAAGCCCAGCAGCCCAACCAGUGCUGCGUGCUGGUCUACACAUCGGGCACCACUGGGAGCCCCAAGGGCGUGAUGCUGAGUCAGGACAAUAUCACAUGGACAGCACGGUUCGGCAGCCUGGCUGGUGACAUCCAGCCAGCAGAAGUCCAGCAGGAGGUGGUGGUCAGCUACCUACCCCUCAGCCACAUUGCUGCCCAGAUCUACGACCUGUGGACGGGGAUCCAGUGGGGUGCCCAGGUCUGCUUUGCCGAGCCUGACGCCCUGCAGGGGAGCCUGGUGAACACACUGCGUGAGGUGCAGCCCACAUCCCACAUGGGUGUGCCCCGCGUGUGGGAGAAGAUCAUGGAGCGGAUCCAGGAGGUGGCGGCUCGGUCAGGCUUCAUCCGACGCAAGAUGCUGCUGUGGGCCAUGUCGGUGACCUUGGAGCAGAACCUCACCUGCCCUGGCAGUGACCUGAAGCCCUUCACAACCAGACUGGCCGAUUACCUGGUGCUAGCCAAGGUUCGCCAGGUGUUGGGCUUUGCCAAGUGUCAGAAAUGCUUCUAUGGGGCAGCUCCCAUGACCGCAGAGACACAGCGCUUCUUCCUGGGCCUCAACAUCCGCUUGUACGCGGGCUACGGACUCAGUGAGACCUCAGGCCCCCACUUCAUGUCCAGCCCCUACAACUACCGGCUCUACAGCUCGGGCAAGGUGCUGCCAGGCUGCCGGGUGAAGCUGGUGAACGAGGAUGCGGAGGGCAUCGGCGAGAUCUGCCUGUGGGGCCGCACCGUCUUCAUGGGCUACCUGAACAUGGAGGACAAGACGUGCGAGGCCAUCGACGCCGACGGCUGGCUGCACACGGGCGACGCCGGCCGCCUGGACGCCGACGGCUUCCUCUACCUCACCGGGCGCCUCAAAGAAUUAAUCAUCACGGCCGGUGGGGAGAAUGUGCCCCCUGUGCCCAUUGAGGAGGCUGUGAAAAUGGAGCUGCCCAUCAUCAGCAAUGCCAUGCUGAUCGGGGACCAGAGGAAGUUCCUGUCCAUGCUGCUCACCUUGAAGUGCACUCUGGAUCCAGACACCUCUGACCCAACUGAUAAUCUGACCGAACAAGCCGUGGAGUUCUGCCAGCGGGUGGGCAGCAAAGCCACCACAGUGUCUGAGAUCGUGGGGAAGAAGGAUGAGGUUGUGUAUCAGGCCAUCAAAGAGGGGAUCCAGAGGGUCAACAUGAACGCGGCAGCCCGACCCUACCACAUCCAGAAGUGGGCCAUCCUUGAGAGGGACUUCUCCAUCUCAGGAGGAGAGUUGGGUCCCACAAUGAAACUGAAGCGGCCCACAGUUUUGGAGAAGUACAAAGAUAUCAUUGACUCCUUUUACCAAGAGCAGAACAAGUAGUCGGAGGCCGUCCUUGCAGUCUCUGCUGAACAGGUGUCCGGCCUCCCGAGCAUUUCCCUGACUCCAGGUUCUCUUCGGUCUGGGCACAGGAGCUCUGGCAAGUCUGUUAAACCUCCAGGUCAGGGGAUGGCACCGGCUUCGACAUUGACCAGGUCUUGUGCCAACGAUAGCUGACAAUUCUGAGAAGCUUCCGUAUGGAUAGUUGUAAUUCUGUUUAGGUGCUGCUGCUUGUUCAGGUGACAAAUGAGAUCAGCUCUCCUUCCAGAACUAAAGGGCUGAUCACUUUUGGCCCCAGUUCCAGGUAGAUUUAACAAGCUGCUAGCUCACGUCGCAGGCCAGCCGGUGCAGGCUGGGUGGGAGCGGAGGACGGAGGGAAAGACAGCUCAUAUCACCAGUGUGCACCACAGGGAGAGCGGACAGCCCUAACCCACCUAACGGCCCGACUUACUCUGGAAUCCUGUUGGACACUGCCGACUCCAUGAUUCCCUCCUCCACCACACACACCCACUCACUUGAUGCUUAAUAAACCUGCUGCUGCCUAUUUGAUUGUAUUUAAUGUGUAAUUUAAAUAUUAAACCUUUUAACAGAACUGUCAA